AUGGCAGAGAUUCCUGGUAUAGAUCUCGCUAGAGCCGAUGUGGCCCAGGUUGCUAAGCAAUGGCUUGAGGGCCGGGACUCCGGGGAUGAUCCAUACGAAUGCGACGACGACGCCCAGGAACCACUGUCGAAUUUCUUUCCGGGCAGCAUCGUGGGGUCGAUCCUGCUCACAACCAGAAACUUCGCCGUUGCGAAUCGAUUUGCUUCCGAACGAAACGACGCUAUUUAUUAA